AAGUGUCCGGAGUGGAAGGGGGUGAAAGUGUCCGGACUGGAAGGGGGUAAAAGUGUCCGGACUGGAAGGGGGGGAAAGUGUCCGGACUGGAAGGGGGGGGAAAGUGUCCGGACUGGAAGGGGGGGAAAGUGUCCGGACUGGAAGGGGGGGGGAAAGUGUCCGGACUGGAAGGGGGGGGGAAAGUGUCCGGACUGGAAGGGGGGUAAAAGUGUCCGGACUGGAAGGGGGGGAAAGUGUCCGGACUGGAAGGGGGGGGGA